CCAAGUUCAUGCAAGAAACUCAGCACAGUAGCUCUUUAAUCAUAGUCUACUCAGUACACGUAUAAAUAAGGAUAACUCCAAUUGAUGCAAAAAGUUGAUCGCAAGUUUCUACAUUUGGAUGUUUCAAGACUUAACACCCACACUGCUGCUUUUCUCCUUGAAUGCUUCAAUCUGAGUAUCCUCUUCAGCAUUCCUGAUGGAGGAGUCUAAAAGAGGGGAACAUGUCAACGCCGCUUACGAUCCUAAUCUGGAUGAGCCCCCCAUCUACGAGGAGCCCGGCGGGGAGCACCGGACCGUCCGGCCCUCGGUGAUCAGCGCCUUUGGCCAUGACACUCUGGACCGGCUGCCCCACAUUGACUUCUACCGCAACGAGGGCAGCGUGAGCGGCCACCGGGCCGUGAGGCCGUCGCUGCAGGAGCUGCACGACGUCUUCCAGAAGAAUGGAGCAAUCUCUGUGCCAGAAACUGUGGAGGACGAUAGCGAGAGGAGCGACGGCACCGCCUCGGAGGAUAUGGAGUCUGCCAUCGCCAAUGAAAGCAAGGGAGGAUUGAAGUUUGGCUGGAUAAGAGGGGUCCUGGUGAGAUGCAUGCUAAACAUCUGGGGUGUCAUGUUGUUCAUCCGUCUGUCCUGGGUUUUUGGUCAGGCAGGCUGGGGUCUGGGAAUUGUGGUCAUUCUUCUCAGCUGCGUGGUCACCACCAUCACCGGCCUUUCCAUGUCUGCCAUUUGCACUAACGGCGUGGUUAGAGGAGGAGGAGCUUAUUACUUGAUAUCGCGCAGUUUGGGACCAGAGUUUGGCGGAUCGAUAGGUCUCAUUUUUGCCUUCGCCAAUGCAGUGGCCGUGGCCAUGUAUGUGGUGGGAUUUGCUGAAACGGUGGUUGACUUGCUUGUGGAACAUUCUGCUAUCAUGGUGGAUCCAAUAAACGAUAUCAGGAUCGUUGGAUGCAUUACGGUAGUGCUGCUCUUGGGCAUAUCAUUGGCUGGAAUGGCAUGGGAAGCAAAGGCACAGAUUGUUCUACUCAUCAUCCUGCUGGUGGCCAUAGUUAACGUGUUUGUUGGAACCUUCAUUCCUGCAACUGAUACCAAGAAAUCCCAAGGCUUUUUCAAUUACGACAUGACAAUAUUCAUGGAGAAUUUCAAGCCGGCGUUUAGGAAGGGUGAGAGUUUUUUUUCAGUUUUUUCCAUCUUUUUCCCUGCGGCAACUGGAAUCCUGGCUGGAGCCAACAUCUCAGGAGAUUUGCGGGAUGCCUCAGGCGCCAUACCCAAAGGUACCUUGUUGGCUAUUCUCAUCACUGCUAUCACCUACCUUGCGGUCGCCCUUUCUGUCUCUGCGUGCGUUGUUCGAGAUGCCACAGGAAACUUAACGGACCUCAUCACUUCAACCACUGAUUGCAGUGGUUCAUCAGCAGCAGCAGCGUGUGAACUUGGCUAUGAUUUUUCCUCCUGCAGUACAGAAGAGUGUAAAUAUGGCGCGAUGAACAACUUCCAGGUGAUGACCAUGGUGUCUGGGUUUGGCCCCCUCAUCAUUGCAGGGACAUUCUCAGCUACUCUUUCAUCAGCACUGGCCUCCCUUGUUAGCGCUCCCAAAGUCUUUCAGGCACUGUGUAAAGACAACAUCUACACAGCCCUGCGUUUCUUUGCCAAAGGACACGGCAAGAACAACGAGCCGAUCCGUGGCUAUGUCCUCACAUUCAUUAUCUCUGUGGCCUUCAUUCUCAUUGGUGAUCUGAACCUGAUCGCUCCCAUCAUCUCAAACUUCUUCCUGGCAUCUUAUGCGCUCAUCAAUUUCUCCUGUUUCCAUGCAUCCUAUGCCAAGUCCCCUGGUUGGAGACCGUCGUAUAAAUUCUACAACAUGUGGCUCUCUCUGCUGGGCGCGCUGCUCUGCUGUGUCGUUAUGUUUGUUAUCAACUGGUGGGCUGCUCUGAUCACGUACGCGAUUGAGAUCCUCCUCUACGUGUUCGUCACGGUCAAGAAGCCAGAUGUGAACUGGGGUUCGUCCACGCAGGCGGUGACGUUUGUGAGUGCAGUCGGUAACGCUCUGUCUCUGUCUGGUAUUGAGGACCAUGUCAAGAACUUCAGGCCUCAGAUCUUAGCUCUGACAGGGUCAGUGCGAGUCAGACCAGCUCUCCUCGACUUGGCUCAAUCCCUCACAAAGAACUAUGGACUCUUACUCACCUGUGAAGUUUUUGUGGGCUCGAGGUCGGAUCUCAUUCAGGAGGUGAUGGCUGCACAGGAGAUGAACAUGGUUUGGCUGAGGAAGAACAAACGCAAGGCUUUUUACACGCCUGUGAUCGCUGGGAACAUCAGGCAAGGGACUGACACCAUGCUGCAGGUUUCUGGUCUUGGUCGUAUGAAGCCUAACAUUUUAAUGAUAGGCUUCAAGAGAGACUGGGAGACAGCGGGCCGGGACGCAGUCCAGAAUUAUGUAGGGAUACUCCAUGAUGCAUUCGACUUCGAGAAUGGCACAGUGAUGCUGAGGAUGGACCAGGGUCUGGAUGUGUCACACAUCAUCGAGGCAGACGAGGAGACGCUGAAGGCAGCGAGAGAGCAGGAGGAACUGGAUAAUGAGAUGAUGCCAAACGGAGGGAAAUCGAAGGGAUUCUUCAGGAAGUCCAACAGGUCAUCUCAGCAAGUUCUCACAACCAGAGUGUCAGUGUGCGCCCCUCCAUCGCCGCAGGUCGCCGAGAUGAAUGCGAAGCUGGCUGUGGACGGUGCUCAAUUUAAGAGGAAGCAGCCUAAAGGCACCAUAGAUGUGUGGUGGCUGUUUGAUGAUGGAGGUCUAACCUUGCUGCUCCCCUACAUCCUCACCACCAGAAAGAAGUGGAAAGACUGUAAAUUAAGGAUAUUCAUUGCAGGGCAGCCCGGACGCAGUGAGCUGGAUAAACAGGAGAUGAAGUCCCUGUUGGAGAAAUUCAGAAUUAACUGCAGUGACAUCAAUGUGAUUGAUGACAUCCACAUCAGUCCCAGGAACGACAGCGUGAAUAAGUUAGAGGACAUGAUUAAGCCUUUCCGUCUGCACGGGGGGUCUAAAGACACUUCUCGGGCUCCACACAACGAGAACUCCUGGAAAAUCACUGAGGAGGAGCUGAGCAGCUUUGAGGAGAAGACCAACCUCCAAGUACGACUCAAUGAGCUCCUUCAGGAACACUCGAGCACAGCUAGGCUGAUAGUUGUGAGCAUGCCUAUUGCACGUAAGGGAUCGGUCUCUGAUUUCCUCUACAUGGCCUGGCUGGACAUUCUGACAAAAGACCUUCCACCCACUCUGCUCAUAAGAGGAAACCACAAGAGUGUGCUUACUUUCUACUCAUGAGCACCCUGUAGGCAAAACCACAAAGUACUAUGUAGCUGGAGAUGAAAAACAUGGUAUAACUAUAAUAUUGAACCAUGUUUAUGAAGUGUACUAGUACGUGGAUGAUAUUCAGUCUUCCAGACCAACUCUAAAGGGAAACAUUCACAUUAUGAUUCUAUCUGAACAAAGAAAAACUGAGGAAAUGCAAGCAAUAAAAAAAAAGGUGUUAAGAUGGUGUACUUGACAAUAGUGUAAUAUUUCAGUCCUUCAAUAUUCUACCAUUAACCUGGUUUUACUUUUUGGUCUGGUAUGAACUGUUUUGAUGAGGCUAGUGGCAAUUAGUGUGUUUAAAUUCAACAAGAUUACCUGUACUGUGUGAUGCUGUACCCAAGCAACAAGCUUUUUUUAGCAUGACUACACCACGGCGACCAAGGAAAGCAAUUCUGCUGCAUCCAGAGACGUCAGUCAGAGACGAGACUAAUCUACGUCAAAUCAGCUCAAUGAGCAGUUAGAGACAGACAGAGAUGACAAAAGGCUGCUGCAGUGGUUACACUGAAAGACUGUGACUGUAAAAUAAAUGUACAUACUAUUCCAAAGUGGAUUUUUUUUUUUACAAAAAACAAACAACACAAAUUAAUGGUAACAUAAUUAUAUUGACUACAUUAAAGCCACUCUAUGUAGCAAUACCACUUCUGAUCAUAUGGUGGGCGGUAUAUCAUAAGAAACUUCAUAUGUAGAUCAAGUGGACCUCUAGUGGGACCAAGUGGUAUUGCAAGACAUGCCACUUUGUCCCCACUUGUAAACAUGUUUAACUCUUUUGUUAAUGCAGCAGCUCUAUAUGCCUCCAUGUGGUCAGAAGUGGUACUGCUGUACACUGCUUCCCCUGGCCAUCCAGGCCGCCCCGGGGGGCCGGGGAGGAUCUGGCUGGAAUAACGUGAUCCUUCCAAACGCUACGUCCAGCCAGGGAAGCCCCACCCUGUCUGGUGAAAAGAGGCGGACUGCUCACUCCUCAAGCAAGAAGGAGGCUUGAGCUCAGUGCAGGGCCCUCCCGGGGUUGGUACAGGGAGAGUAAAGCUCAGGAUUGAUACUUAGGUAGGGGCACUGGGUGAUAAAAAUUGGAAAAAGAAUCAUGGGAUAAAAAUAUAAUUUAAAAAAAUGAAGAAGUGGUACUGCUACCCAGAUUGGCAUUAAUACUGUGUCUUUUCCCAUGUGGUCAUUCAAUUCAAUUCAAUUCAAUUCAAUUCAAUUCCUUUAUUGUCAUUAUAAGCAGUGCGAACAACGAAAUUAGAUAGCAACUCUGUGGUGUUACAACAACAUAAAAAACACAGGACAAUUAAAUAAUAAAAAGCAUGUAUCAACUAAGAUCUGCUACUAAACAUGUAUAAUAAUAAAUAAUAAACAGUAAAACAGCUAGCUUGUACCGGGUUGAAGUGCAUGGUUAAAGUGCAAGAGUGGCAAACAGGUUAGUGGCAUAAAGGUUCAAUUAUAUGUUUUUAAAACUUUCUUGAUAUUCACCGAAUGUACAACACCCAUUCAGCAAUUGUUUACCUGCUCCACAUUACGUUGCUUCAAUGUUUUAAUGUUACUAGCAAACUAUAUGUUUUAGUUUAAAGACAAUCGAGCAAAGCGAAACAUUGUGAAAACUAUUCUUCUGUACAUUUUUGUCAACUUUCUGUCUUCCUAUUUAAAUAAAUGAUAUGGUUCACAUUAAAUAAACAAGUAAUAUAAUUUACAA